AUGGGGCAGUUUACAUCCAAAAGUAAAGAGGUAGACCAGGGCAUUCUCCAUCGUGUCCAGUUCUCUAACGGUGAAGAAGGAUCUCCCAGAUACUCUUCACACCAUUUUGAUGCUAACAGCAGACAAGAAGGCGGUAGCCACCAAAUUCCUCCAACCAUCAUUGUCUCGGACGAGGAUUCAAGUGCUCCAGAGUGGCAGGGCUCAAGAACAGAGCUGCGGAGAUCUUCCUUCUAUAGCACCAUAGACCUGGUGCCACAGCUGGAACACUAUGUCAGUACGCUACCCCGCCAGCAGACAAGGAGCAGACCUUCUCUGGAGGCUCUCCGCAAAGCAUUUGAUGAAGUGGAGGCAGGGAACACCAACACAGAUCCAGGAACUAGCAAUAUUCCUGCCACAGAUGGUGGAAGUGAAGAGUCCCAAGGUCCUCAGGAGCAAACUCCUACUAGAUUUGGCUGGUUUGUUGGAGUCAUGGUUCGCUGUAUGCUUAAUAUUUGGGGAGUCAUCCUGUUCCUCCGCCUGUCUUGGAUCACCUCUCAGGCAGGCAUUUUGUUGACCUGGCUUAUUAUCCUGAUGUCCGUGAUGGUGACCUCAGUGACUACUCUCUCCAUCUCUGCCAUUGCCACUAAUGGGAGGGUGAUCUCAGGAGGAGCGUAUUUCAUGAUCUCACGCACUUUGGGUCCUGAAAUUGGGGGACCAAUUGGGAUGGUCUUUUCAUUUGCCAAUGCUUUGGCUUGUGCACUCAAUACUGUUGGGUUUGCAGAGGUGGUCCGUGAUCUAAUGCAGGAGUUUGGUGUUGUCAUGGUUGAUUCAAUCAACGACGUCCGUAUUGUAGGUGUGAUCACUGUCACAGUUCUUCUGCUUAUUUCAUUGGCUGGAAUGGAGUGGGAGUCUAAAACCCAGAUUAUGUUCUUCUUAGUUCUUCUGGUUUCCUUUUCCAACUACUUUGUGGGCACUUUUAUCCCUCCCACUCCAGAGAAGCAGGCACUGGGCAUUUUUGGAUACCGCUCUGAGAUCUUCUUAGAAAACUUGACACCAGACUGGAGAGGACCUGAAAGCGAUUUUUUCCAGAUGUUUGCCAUUUUCUUUCCCUCCGCCAUUGGCAUCCUGUCUGGAGCCAACAUCUCUGGAGACCUUAAAGAUCCUGCUACGGCUAUCCCCAAAGGCACGCUCAUGGCCAUUUUUUGGACUACUAUGAGCUACUUAAUGAUAUCUGUCACUGUCGCAUCAUGUGUAGUGCGAGACGCUUCUGGAAACAUGACUGAUAUCCUGCCUGGAAAUGUUACUGACGGCUGUGUGGGACUGGCAUGUAACCUGGGCUGGAACUUCACAGACUGCAUACAGUCAAAUUCUUGUGAAUAUGGCCUUGCCAACAAUUUAAAGGUUCUGGGCCAAGUUUCUGGUUUCCAAUACCUCAUCACUGCUGGUGUCUUUGCAGCCAGCUUAUCUUCUGCUCUUGGAUUUCUUGUUUCUGCCCCUAAAGUCUUUCAGUGUCUGUGCAGAGACAACUUAUACCCAUACAUUGGGUUCUUUGCAAAGGGUUAUGGGAAAAAUGAUGAACCACUCCGGGCUUAUCUACUGUGCUACAUCAUUGCUGUGGCCUUCAUUCUCAUUGCGGAGCUGAACACCAUUGCAGCUCUGAUCUCCAACUUCUUCCUGUGUUCCUACAGCCUUAUAAACUUCAGCUGCUUUCAUGCCUCAAUCACUAACUCCCCUGGAUGGAGACCAUCAUUUCACUACUACAGUAAAUGGACAGCUCUGUUUGGAGCAGUCAUAUCUGUAGUUCUGAUGUUCCUGUUUACCUGGUGGGCUGCUCUAAUCACCUUCUGUAUAAUAUUCUUCUUGUUUGGAUACAUCAACUACAACAAACCAAAGGUAAACUGGGGUUCAUCAGUCCAGGCAGGCACAUACAACAUGGCUUUGUCAUACUCUGUCUCUCUUACUGGUGUAGAGGAUCACGUCAAAAAUUUUAGACCACAAUGUCUAGUUCUGACUGGACCUCCAAACCAGCGACCUGCACUGGUGGAUUUUGUUAGUGCGUUCACUAAGCAUAUAAGCCUUAUGAUCUGUGGUGAUAUCAUCACGGAACCUGAGAGGCAGACGCGACCACAGGAUACUACAGAUCAGCUGGUUAAAUGGAUGAAUAAGAGGAAAGUGCGCUCAUUUUAUACUCCAUUGACUGCUGAUAGCCUCAGAGCUGGAGCUCAAUACUUGUUGCAGGCUUCUGGACUUGGCAAGCUGAAGCCCAACACCCUGGUGCUUGGCUUCAAGACGAACUGGAGGGAGAGUUCUCCUGAAAGCAUUGAAGAUUAUAUUAACACUAUAAAUGAUACAUUUGAUUCCAACUUCUGUUUGUGUAUCUUGAGAAUGAUGGAUGGGCUGAACAUCUCUGACCAGUUUGAUUUCGAAGUAAACCAGGGUUUUGAGCCCGAUGAACCUGUUGAAAAUUAUGACCAUCAGUCUCCAGAAAGGGAAUCAGCUGAUGACAUCUCUGAUAAUGGCAACAGUGAUCAAAUCAAGACAGUGUUUCAGUGUACACAGGGGAAAAAGUCUGUCGAUGUCUACUGGAUAGCAGAUGAUGGAGGACUGACUUUACUGGUGCCUUACCUGCUCACCAGGAGAAAAUGCUGGCGUAGCUGUAAGAUCAGGGUUUUCAUUGUGGGAGAUGAACAAAACAUGGAUGAAGGCCGUAAUGAAAUGAUUGCUCUGCUGAAGAGGUUCCGUUUAGAUUUCAGCGACGUCAUAGUGAUGACAGACAGUGAGAAGCAUCCUCAAGCCAAGAACAUGAGUAGGUUUGUGGAGAGUGUCAGUCCCUUCAGGCUGCAUGAUGAACAGCAGGAAGUCGCCUCCAUUCAGGAGCUAAGACAAAGAGAACCAUGGAAAAUAUCUGACAAAGAGUUUGAAGCCUUCAAACAAAAGUCUGAGAGAAAAGUGAGGCUGAAUGAAAUCAUCCGGAGGAAUUCUCAACAUACAGCUCUUGUGCUUGUGAGUCUUCCUGUGCCACACAGUGACUGCCCCAGUGCUCUGUACAUGGCCUGGUUGGAUACCCUGACCUGUGGCCUCCACUGCCCUGCGGUGCUGAUACGAGGAAACCAGCAGAAUGUCCUCACUUUCUACUGCCAGUAA